AUGCCCUUGUCAGCUCAAUGCAAGCCUUGGGGCAUUGCCGCGCAAGAGACGCUCCUCUUCGACCCCUUCCCCGAAUCUAAGAUGGUUGUGCGCCAGUAUAAAGUUAUACCCGCAGAAGUAGAGUACCUUUGGCACCAGGUGCAUUCAUGGGCAGUCCACUACAUACUGGACCCUAGUGACUGUGUUCUUAUACGGUACGCUAUUUUUGCCUCUAUUGCUGAACUCAAAUGGCAAUGGGAGCUGAAAAUGCGGCGUGACGCAACCAAGGAUAUCUCAUAUGUGAAGAUUGAUGAUGAACACCACUCUUUAAGCCAGAAGUCGCUCCUUGCUGGGCUAGCAGUGUACCUGGAAUUGGCUAUCACUUGA